AUGCCAGCCAAGAUGUUACGCCCCUGGCUCGUUGCGCUCCCGGCCAAAACCUACGCGCUGUGCCAAAGCAAUACGCACCCUCCCACAGCGGGAUGCCCUCCGGGGACGCUGUACGUCUCGGCUACCGACAAGCGGGCCAACUUCACCACCGUGCAGGCCGCCAUCGACUACCUCGGCAACGGCACCGGCCCGGGUUUCAUCCUGAUUGCUCCCGGUAACUACACGGAGCAGCUCAAUGUGACGCGCCACGCGCCACUGACGCUGCUGGGCAUGUCGCGGCGGCCUCUGAGGGGCGAGUCCUACGCCGACGUGGACACCACCACGGCACCCGGCCGGCAGAACGACGUGCAGAUUUGGUGGAACGCGGCCAACACCAACUCGCGCUACCCUGACAACGUGUACACGGGGGUGUUAACCAUCGGCCCGACCCUGAACGCCACGCUGACUGGCUCCGGCCCUACCGGCUUUCCCGUGCCCGACGACACGCCGUUCGGCUGCACCGACUUCCGGGCCUACAACAUCGACUUCCGCAACGAGUACGCGCCCUACUCGGACGGUCCGGCCCAUGCGGUCGGCGUCAGCCGUGCAAACGCAGGGUUCUACAGCUGCGGGCUGUACAGCUGGCAGGACACGCUCUACAUCGGCAAGCUCGGCAACGCCUACUUCCACGACACCAUCAUCGCAGGCCAAACCGACUUCCUCUACGGCUUCGGCACGGGCUACCUGUCGCGCAGCACGCUCCUCCUGCGCAGCUGCGGCGGCGGCAUCACGGCGUGGAAGGGCACCAACACGAGCGCCGACCCGUUCGCGCGCAACAAGUACGGCAUCUACAUCGACGCCUCGCAGGCGAUCGCGGCCAACGCCUCGGUGGCCCCCCAGCUCGCCGGCCGGUGCGCGCUCGGCCGCCCCUGGAACGCGCUGCACCGCAGCGUCUUCAUGCGCAGCUUCCUCGACCCCAGCGUGCGCCCCGACGGCUACGUCGUCUGGCAGGCCGGCGACCCGCGCGUCAACGCGAGUACGUUCAUGGCCACCUGGCACGCGUACGGGCCUGGGUACAACGCCACGGCGGAGCGGGCCAGUAACGUCACGAGGGUGUUGAGUGAUCGGGAGGUUGCGCCGUAUCGGAGGCCUGUGGAUGUGUUUGUGGGGGAAGGGGGUGUGGGGUGGAUUGAUAGGAGUGUGUUGGCUGAGUGA